AACCUUCUCCUGGCUUCCGCGUCACCGGAUACGUUCAUCUCCCGUCGUCUCCCAUUACGAAUUAUUCUUCAUUCUUCAUUCUUCAUUCUUCAUUCGUUGACCUUCCCUUACUUUUACUCCCUCUUAGAUCAAUUUUCUGACCAAAUUUAUCAAUAUUUUCAUUAUCCUAUCCGAUUUUGUUCUUCUACUCCUGCAGUUUCAGAUCAAACAUGGAAACUCUGUCAAGCCUAUUUAAAAUCUCGGUUACAUGGAGGGGAAAGAAGUUUGCUGUGGAGAUGAAUUCAGGUGCCACUGUGAAGGACCUAGGGCAGGAAAUGCAGAAAUUAACAAAUGUCCAAGAAGAUACUAUGCGGUUCAUUGUUCCACUGAGCUCUGGGAAAAACUCAAAGCUUCUGGCUCCAUUUUCUGUAGAGCAUGCUUGUUUAAGUUUGUUGGAAACUGCCAUUACUGAGGCCAAGACAAUUAAAAUGAUGGGUGUGUCAUCAAAUGAAGUUGAAGAAGUUCUUCAAAAUGCGAAAGCAAAUUUCAGAAUUGCUGGAUUUGAGGACGAGGAGAAGAGAAUGAAACAGAGGGUUUCACAUGGAUCUCGUUUUUCAUUGAAACUUCCACAAGGUCCUUAUAUUUUUUGUGAAUUUCGGACAUUUGAAAUUCCAGGAAUAGAGCUGAAUCCUCCCCCCUCUGAGGCACUUAGAAGAAUGCACAUGCUUGCUGCAGAUCCUGGAAUUAUUGCAGUCAUGAACAAGCAUUGUUGGUGUGUAGGAAUAAUGAGCGAGAUGGCUCCCGUUGGUUAUGUUGGCAAGAGUCCAAAAUGUCUUCUUGGUUUGAACAAGAAUCAGGGAGAGGAGAUAUCAUUGCGUCUUCGAACGGACGACCUCAAAGGUUUCAGGAAGUAUGAAAGUAUCAAGAAAACACUACUGCAUGAACUUGCUCACAUGAUACACACUGAACAUGAUGCAAACUUUUAUGCUCUAAAUAAGCAGUUAAAUCAAGAAGCUGCUAAUUUGGAUUGGACUAGAUCUGCAAGCCACACUCUGAGUGGAGUAAGGAAUUCUGAAAUCCAUGAAGAAGAUUUUAUAGCCGAAAGUAGCGAUGUUCGCCAGAAGCUUGGAGGUAACAGGAUAGAUCAGCUGAGAAGUGCCCGUGAAUCUUCUAUCAGUGCUGCUUAUCUUCGGAUGGCUAAUGUUUCUCUCAAUAAGUCGGGAGGUUCUGAAGUAUAUCAAGAGCUGGAUCCCGAUUAUUCUAGCGUUCAUGCAAGUGAAAAUCCUGAUCAUAUGAUAUCCUUUUCCAAAGAAAUCGUAGCUAAUGACACGCCCAUCCUUGUUGAGAAAGGACUUAGCAGUGAACCUGAUGCACAUGAUGAUACUAUUAAAGGAAUGAAGCAGGAGCCUGAUCCAGAUGAUUCUGAUCAUGCAGAGACUUUGCAUACUCAGACCAGUGACAUGUAUUCAGCUACAAUGCAUGUAUCUAGAGAACCUGAUCCGGAUGAUUCAGAAUCUUCUUUGAAGUCAGUUAAUGCAAGUCAAGAUACAAGUAACAUGGCUGAACAUGACCUCGAUGAUCCUGUCUUUCCCACUCCAAGCUUUUCUACAAUGCAGAUCGAUGAGCCAGAUCCUGAUGACCAAGAAUUUCAGAGGAUUAAUGAUCCUGUAACUGCUGUUUGUAACCGUUUACAGAUGGCCCUGGAAAUUCUGAGAGGUGAAGCUACUCCAAUGCAAACUGCUUCAAUUGUCCAAACUCUCCUGAAAAUAGUCAGUAAUGUAAUUGAACACCCUGAGGAGAUGAAAUACAAGAGGUUGCGGAAGGCUAAUCCAGUCAUUGAGAGGAAUAUCAUUGGUAACAAAGCUGCCUUGGAAAUUCUCUUUCUGGUUGGCUUCAGUGAAGAUGUCAUAAUGGACAAUCUUGGGAAGCCAGAAGUGUAUUUGGUGCUGAAGCGGAAUGACCCUGGCUUGUUGUGGCUGGCAAAAUCCACCCUUCAAUCCCGCUAGCCCAUAACACAGUAAGAAAAGUUGUGACUGGAAAGAGAAUAGCUAUAUUCAUGUCCAAAAAAUUAUAUGCUAGCGCUCUGCAAAUAAGAUGGCCAUUGUGUUGUAUUUAGGUGGAGUUAAGUCCCAGAGUGUUGUUUCAAAUUGGCCGAAUGCAUUAAAUUAGUCGUCGAGAUUCCAAUUGCACUAAUUACACCCCUUAGAUUGGCAAAAGUGCAUUAUGUUAGUCUCCCAACCUUUUUCCAUCAAGGGACUCAUCAUGCUGUAGGGAUAAUGUAGUGCACUUUUGCAGAUCUCAGGGAUGCAAUUGGUGCAAUUAAGAUCUCGAACACCAUUUUAAUGCACGAAGCCAAUCUUAAGGAUUACUUUGGAGCUCAUUCUAUUUAGGUGAGGGGAAAUAUAUAUAUAUAUGUAUAUGUGUUGAAUUGUAAAGCCCAUUCGGAUGUAAUGUAAAUAGAAGGAUUAUGUUUGUGACAUUGAAAUCUUGAGGGGCACUGCAAGGCUUGGUUUAGUGGCAUUUGUAUAUGUCUUGCUAGAGUUUAUCACGGUUUAAAUCCUAGCUAUGACUAAAAAGUGGUUAUAUAGAACCUAUGACGGGGUGUGUGUUGUUAGGGUGUAACUUGACAAUAUAUAUAUCUUGAGGGAAGAAAAGUGGAUUAUAUCUUUACUGCAAGGAAUAAUAGAUUUCCUGUUGGUCACUGUA